GAGAGUUUCCUGCUACCCAACAAAACUGACUGAGUCCUGGUACCUGUUCGGAGCAGAGGCAAAGAAGUAGAAGAAACCCCAAAAGCAGAAGCAUUUUCAGCUUCCAUUUCCAACCCAUGUUACCCAUGGCUGUUUAAUUGCUUCUUACAUUACAAAUGCUUGUUUUCUGAGGGGCUCAAUAUCCAUUACAUUUUCCCUUUGCUGAAAGUUGUGAACUUGGCCUUGUGGUUCAGGAAGCAUUGUAGGAGGGAAGGAUAAGAAACUUCAUUUUUCUCCUUGAGGAUCCAUUAAUUAUGCAGACUCCAAAACCAAGAAACCGAUCUUUGGAAGUUCCACAAAGGGUCUCUCCACGAGCUGUUCGCCAACACAAGACGACUGCAGUAGGGACUGAAUCUUCAUCUUCCCCAAACCAGGCUAGUAGAACUCCAAAGGAGAGAAGCCCUAAAGUUGUUGAUCGACGAUCACCAAGGAGUCCAGUUACUACUGAGAAGAAGCGACCUAGCAGAAUAUCUGAAUUGGAGCUCCAGAUUUCUCAGCUUCAGGAGCAGCUGAAGAAAACAAAGGAUCAGUUAAGUGAAUCUGAAUCAUGGAAGAAGCAAGCUCAGCUAGAAGCCGAGGAGUCUCAGAAACAACUAUUGGCAAUGUCUUCAAAGCCCUUAGACUCUCAAAAGCAGAAUCAUGACUUGUCCAAUUCUGAAGAAACUCAUGUUGUUAAACUCCAAAAGAGCUCACAAGAAGAGGAUCAGGGCCAUCAGGCAUGGAAAUUUGAGCUUGAUGCUGUCCAGAAAAAGCAUUCUGGAGAUUCAGCUGCUUUGGCCUUUGCCAUGAAUGAGAUUCAGCAACUUAAGGCUGAGCUUGAAAGGGUGGCCAUAUCUGAAGCUGCACAAACCAAGCAAGCAGAAUCAGCACAUGUGGAGCUUCAGAGCUUGAAAGGGAACUUGAUGGAAACUCUUUCUCUUGUUGAAAACAUGAAAACCCAGAUAAGGGAUAGCAAAGAAUCUGAAGCUCAUGCCCAAAAUUUGGCUAGUGAAACUCUGCUACAACUAGAAACUGCAAAAAUUUCUGUUGAGGCGCUCAGGUCAGAAGGCAUGAAAGCAACUGAAGCUUACAACUCAGUAGCUUCAGAGUUAGAUCAGUCAAGGGAACGUGUGAAUUCACUAGAAGAACUUGUCAGCAAACUCAAGAAAGACCUAGCAAAAGCUGGCAACAACCUCUCAUUGGAAUCUGACCGUGAUGGUAAUGUUGAGAAGGAAACUGAAGAACAUCAGAAGUCAGAGGAACAAGGCCAGCUUGAAGCAGAAGUUUCUUUCUUAAAGUCUGAAGUGGAACUGUUAAGAUCUGCUCUUGAAAAUACCAAGACUAAAGCCCAAGAAGAACACUUUCAAAGCACUGAUGCACUAGUUGAGCAGAUAGGGUGCACAUCCAGCCAGCGAGAGGCUGUACUUUUAGCAGAACUUGAGAAAGCAAAAUUGGAUAUUGAAGAGUUGAAAGUGAGUCUGAUGGACAAGGAAAAUGAAUUACAGGGUAUUGUAGAAGAAAAUGAGGGGCUUCACAUGAAGCUCGAAAAGAACCUUUCAAGUGAGCGAGAAACUGAACUAGAAAAUGAGCUGAAGAAAUUAAAUGAAGCAGUUGCUGAUCUGAAGGCAAAUAUGAUGGAUAAAGAGACAGAACUGCAGAAUAUAGCUGAGGAGAAUGAUAUACUCAGGUUGGAAAUCAGUAAAAGAGGCCUGGACAAAGGUAAAACAAACAAUGAGGUGGUUGUAGAGCUAGAGGUGACAAGAGCUAGAGAGAGGGAGGCUCUCAUGAAGCUUGGUGUUGCAAUGGAGGAAGCAGAUAAGAACAACAGGAGGGCUGCACAUGUGGCUGAGCAGCUUGAUGCAGCACAGAUUGCUAAUUCUGACAUGGAGGCAGAGCUCCGAAGGCUAAAGGUACAGUCUGAUCAGUGGCGGAAGGCUGCAGAGGCAGCCACUGCAAUGCUUUCAGCAGGUAACAAUGGGAAGUUUAUGGAGAGAACUGGAUCAUUGGGUAGCCAUUAUAAUUCUGUUACAGGGAAAGUUGGCUCACCCUACUCUGAAGACAUGGAUGAUGAUCUGCUAAAGAAGAAAAAUGGGAACAUGCUAAAGAAGAUUGGGGUGUUGUGGAAGAAGCCACAAAAAUAGAACAUCACAUCAAAGUUCAGUUAGUGAGAUGAGACCAUUCUGAUCUUCUUGCUGUGAAGUACUAAAAAUGGCAGUCUUCUGAAUCUUCUUAGGUUAUAUAUGGUGGUAAUGCUUAUGGGAUUCUGGAAUAAAAGAUCUUUGGUUUAGAUUAUAAUGUAAAACAUGGGGUGUCAUAUAUCAUCAGCUUAAAACUACGUAAUCAAACCUUCUCCUUAGUUAAUGAGAGUGGCAGCUUUAAUUUGUUAUAUGUAUUUAGCUCCGAGAAUUUGCUUGCUUCU